CGACGCGACUAUAAAGCGAACUUAAAGCGCCUAAAUAAGCUAGAAGAGAAGGCUAUAGUUAGGCGUAUUCUUAAAGAGUCUAAGCGAGAAUUUGCGCCUAUAAAGGCUAACGUUCAUUUAAUAGCUAAUAAACUAUUAUAUAAGCGUGGGAGUAACCCUAUUAGUAAA